UAAUUUUUUUAAAGAGGGCGGAAGAUCUGUAAAGCAAAUCGUUAUUAUUGUAAAUGAAACUCGUGAAGCAGAAAGGGCAGUUGAAAAGUCGUAGUGGAGUGGCAUCGUCUCAGCCAUUUGGUUACAGGGGUGUGGCUUACCAUCUCAUUGCGCAAUAACAGAGCGACUAUGCAUUUGUUCAACUUGCGAUCACACGUUUAUAUUGGGAAUCUGAAAUACAAAAGUCUGGAAACCGCUGACAUGGUUUUUUGAUUUUUUAUAGAUUUUUUCAGCUUUUCUUUGCUGUGAUCUUUCGCGAUCUUUUGUGAUCGUCGUAGUUCAACGCAGCAUAGCCAGUGUAUGUCUUGAAUUUUCAAUUGAUCUUAGUUUGCAGCCGCGAGAAUGAAGUUCGCUUACAAGUUCUCGAACCUUUUGGGGACCGUAUAUCACAAGGGGAAUUUGGUGUUCACAGCUGAUGACAACCGGCUCCUGAGCCCAGUUGGAAACCGCGUUACGGCUUUUGAUUUGAAGCAGAAUAAGUCGCAAACUCUUCCAUUUGAAGCCCACAAAAGUUUUGACGUUAUUGCAUUGUCUCCGAAUGGAAUAAUCUUGCUCGGCGUGACAGAAGAUGGUGAAGCCCUGCUUAUCAGUUUAAUAAGCAAGUCCAUUCUUCACCGGCAUCGGUUUAACAGGAAAGUUUUGGAUAUCAAAUUCAGCCCGGAUGGAAAGUAA